AUGGCGACCGAGGGCCUCCGGACGCUGCUGGCGGACGCCGCUCGCUCCCCGUGGGGCGUCGCCGGCGCCGCGGCGGCCGUGGCGCUGCUGUGGUUCGCCGCCUGGGUCCUGGAGUGGGCGUGGUGGACGCCGCGGCGGCUGGGCCGGGCGCUGCGGGCCCAGGGAAUCACGGGCACCCGCUACCGCCUCUUCACCGGCGACAUACCGGAGAACGCCCGGUGCAACGCCGAGGCCCGGUCGCGGCCCAUGCCGCGAGGUGACCACGACAUCGCCCCCCGCGUGCUGCCCAUGUUCUCCAACGCCAUUAAGGAGCACGGGAAAGUGUCCUUCACUUGGUUUGGCCCAACGCCAAGGGUGAUGGUUCCAGACCCGGAGUUAGUGAGAGAAAUUCUGUCCAACAAGUUUGGACACUUCGGGAAACAGAGGAGCACCCGCAUUGGGAGGCUGCUAGCCAACGGGCUUGCAAAUCAUGAAGGCGAGAAAUGGGCAAAGCACCGAAGAAUCCUCAAUCCCGCCUUUCACCAUGAGAAGAUAAAGAGGAUGCUGCCAGUUUUUUCUGCUUGCUGUGAAGAGAUGAUUACAAGAUGGGAGAAUUCGAUGUCCGCUGACGGAUCGUGUGAGAUUGACUUCUGUCCUGAGUUCCAGAAUCUUACCGGAGAUGUCAUCUCGAGAACAGCAUUUGGUAGCAAUUUUCAGGAGGGGAUGAAAAUAUUCCAGCUGCAAGGGGAGUUAGGUGAACGGCUGAUACAGGCAUUUCAGACACUUUUUAUCCCAGGCUACUGGUUCUUCCCAACAAAGAACAACAGAAGGAUGAGAGCAAUUGAUCGUGAGAUCCGCAUGAUUCUGCGAGGCAUUAUUGGGAAAAAGGAAAGAGCUAUUAAAAAUGGUGAAGCUAGCAGCGAUGACUUGCUAGGAUUGCUCUUGGAGUCAAAUAUGCAACAAUCAAAUGGGAAGGCAAAUCUAGGACUGAGUAUUGAAGAUAUAAUUCAGGAAUGCAAGUUAUUUUACUUUGCAGGUAUGGAGACAACAUCUGUCUUGCUCACAUGGACACUAAUUGUGCUAAGCAUGCACCCAGAGUGGCAAGAGCAGGCAAGAGAGGAAGUGUUGCAUCACUUUGGAAGAACCACACCAGAUUUUGAGAACUUGGGUCGCCUUAAGAUUGUAACAAUGAUUUUGUAUGAGGUUCUUAGGUUGUACCCGCCAGCAAUCUUCCUUGCGAGAAGAACUUACAAGGCAAUGGAGCUUGGUGGCAUCAGAUAUCCGGCAGGGGUGAACCUUAUGUUGCCCCUUAUCUUUAUCCACCAUGAUCCCGAUAUUUGGGGAAAAGACGCAAAGGAAUUCAAUCCACAGCGGUUUGCUGAUGGCAUCUCGAAUGCGGCAAAGCAUCCGGCGGCGUUCUUCCCGUUUGGAGGGGGUCCUCGUAUCUGCAUCGGCCAGAACUUUGCGUUGCUGGAAGCAAAGAUGGCUCUGAGCACCAUCCUCCAGCGCUUCUCGUUCGAGCUCUCACCGUCCUACAUCCACGCACCGUACACCGUGUUAAUCCUGCAGCCACAGCACGGUGCUCAAAUUAGGCUGAAGAAGAUAUGA